UGUCCAUGCAUAUAAGCCCACCCUCUUCCCACUUAUUCUCACCCCAUUUUCAUUUCUUCUUUCUCUUUCUUCAACAUAACAACAACAACAACAACAACAACAACAACAACAUAACUUUCUCAUUCUUACUUACACAUUCUCUCUCCCAGAGUGUUGAAAAUAAGUGUCGAAAUGAGGAUGGUUAAUCUGAUUUUGCUGUCGGUGCUUCUACUUUCUUCCACGUGUCACUUUGUCUCUGCUUUCACUGAUGGAUUACUACCUAACGGAGACUUUGAGCUGGGGCCAAAGCGAUCGGACAUGAAGGGCACAGAGGUGAUAAACCGUCACGCAAUACCAAAAUGGGAAAUAUCCGGGUUCGUGGAGUACAUAAAAUCAGGUCAAAAACAAGGGGACAUGUUACUAGUAGUCCCCGAGGGAGCCUUCGCAGUAAGACUAGGAAACGAGGCAUCGAUAAAGCAAAGGGUGAAUGUAACAAAAGGGAUGAACUAUGCAAUAACAUUUUGUGCAGCAAGAACUUGUGCUCAAGAAGAACAACUCAACAUAUCAGUGUCACCUGAAUGGGGUGUACUUCCCAUGCAAACUUUGUAUAGUAGUAGUGGUUGGGAUUGUUAUGCUUGGGGUUUUGUCGCACUUUCUAGUAUUGCUGAACUUGUUAUCCAUAACCCUGGUGUUGAGGAAGAUCCUGCUUGUGGACCUCUUAUCGACUCCGUUGCUAUGCGCGUUCUUGUUCCUCCUAAGAGGACUAGCAUGAACUUAUUGAAGAAUGGUAACUUUGAAGAAGGUCCUUUCAUCUUCCGCAACACAACAUGGGGAACACUAAUCCCACCAAACAUAGAAGACGCUCAUUCUCCACUACCGGGUUGGAUGGUUGAAUCCUUGAAGGCGGUCAAGUAUCUCGAUUCAAACCACUUCUCAGUUCCUUCUGGCAAACGUGCAGUGGAGCUUGUCGCAGGCAAAGAAAGUGCCAUUGCUCAAGUUGUUCGUACCACCCCUGGUAGACGAUACGCUUUAACGUUCGCUGUUGGUGACGCUAACGAUGCGUGUGCCGGAUCCAUGGUUGUCGAGGCAUUUGCAGGCAAAGACACACUCAAAGUCCCUUACGCGUCUAAGGGAAAAGGCGGGUUUAAGCGAGCUGUUCUUCGCUUUGUUGCUACUCAAACUAGAACUCGAAUUAUGUUUUAUAGCACCUUUUAUUCCAUGAGGAGUGAUGAUUUCUCUUCGCUUUGCGGCCCCGUCAUCGACGAUGUUCGACUCCUCAGCAUCCGUCGCCCAUGAACAUCGAAUUAAGCCUUAACUAGUGAUCGAGUGCGUGGAAUUAAGGUUUUUUUUACUCUACUAAAAACAUUAAGGAUAUUGUUAAUUUGAUUGGAAAAAAGGGUGGUGAAAUUAGGUGCUUUGUUUUUCUUGAAUGCGGAGGUAAUUAUAUGAAAAAUGCUAAGCAAUGUAUUUUUGUGUUGCGGAGAGGCAAUUAGCUUGAGAUUAUCUUUAGCAUAUGCAUCAAGUUUAUAUAGGUAAGGGUUUCGAAAUAAGGAGAUAUCUAAGUAUACUAUUAAUGUAAAAUACUUGUAUGGUUUUCUUAUUAAUGUGUUUAUUUGGUUGUUGAGUUGCCACUUUUAAAUUAAUGAAAAACAUAAGUACUUCUUGGCUUGAAA